GGGCAGUGUAUGAAUGAGCAGGAAAGCGAACUACACACGAGUCUGCGCAGACCUGCAGCACAGGCGGUUCAGGGGGCUACCGCGCGUGGUGUUAAUAACCCUCGGGUCCUGGCCGUGCCCGCUCCCGCUUUGGGUGGAGAUGGAGCGGUCUGUGGGGCUCAGCGCCGUCUUCUUGCUCUUGCUUCCACUUUGGGACUCGGCUACUGCACACUGUGCUAAAUCUCUGGGCUAUAACUUCACAGUCACUCCUAAUGGACAACCAUGGUGUGAAAUUCAAGGCCAGGUCAAUGGAAACACAUUUCUUCAUUAUACCUGUGGUAGCCAGGAGGUCAAACUCUUCAGUGUUCUGGAGAUGAAUGCCACACAGGCCUGGAAUCAGCAGAGAGAAACUCUGCAAGAUGUGGUGGAAGAGCUCAAGAAGACCCUGCUUGACUUUAAAGCAGAGAUUACUGCAACCAGCGGUCCUCUCUCCCUACAGGGCAGCAUGAUGUGUGAGCAGGAAUCCAAUGGACUCACCAGCGCAUCCUGGGAGUUUGGAUUGGAUGGACAGAUAUGUCUCCGCUUUGACUCAAAGAACAGAAAUGGGAGAGAGCUAAAUAAUGAAGGCAGACUGUUAAAGAAAACAUUGGCGGGUGACAACUAUAGGACCAAUCUCUUUAAUAAGACCUCAGUUGCAGAAUGUAUGAAGUGGCUUAAAGAAGUUUUGUGUCCCCAGGAUGAAAUUCUGAGUACAAAAGCAGAUGCAUCAACCACUGCCAUCGCCACUGACCCGUCCAAGGCCACAACCAACACGCCCAUCGCCUGGUGGAUCUUCCUUUUGAUCUUCACCUGCGUAACCAUAGUUGGCAUCUUAGUCUGGGUCCUUUACAGUAACAGGCUGCCGAUGCGCUGCGACCAAGGAGGCCCUGGUGGUGUGGACCAUCUCAGUGACUCUGCCUUUGCUUGGCUGCCUCUGGAUGACCUGCGGCUCGUUGUUAGAACACGAGGAGUACAAACCUCUGUCCAGAGACCAGGGUCAGAUCAGGAUGAGAGAGUAGAGGCAGCAUCUCAUGUCUGUUAUUGCAUUUGCUGAGUAUCCUCCUCAGGGCUUUUUAAACAUAUCAUGUCACUUUCUGUGGUAUUAAGAGAUGUAAUUCCUACAUUUAAACAUUAAUAGCUUCAAUAGGAAAUCUCAAGAAAGAUAACAUUUUCCAUAUUUUUGUGGAGGAUCAGUUACAUCUCUGCAUCAUGACUGAUGCAGCCAAUGAUAUUACCAAAAAGUGCCAAAUCUUACAAUUUCUUUCUGUCCACAAAAUUAUGUAUUUUUAAAGAACAAAAUUAUAUUUACAAUGGUUUCCAUUAGUAGCUUAUAACAGUACAAUAUUUAAAUAAACAUGCUUAUAUUCUAAAAAACU